AUGUUGAAAAGACAUGGCUCGAGUGUGGAACUAUUACCCCACGAUGUGGUCGAGCUCAUCCUCGAGAGGCUUCCCGUGGAUUCUCUGCUUAGAUUCAAUUCUGUAUCCAAGAAGUGGAAAUCAACAAUCGAGUCUCCACGUUUCCAACAAAGACAAUUUACCCGUCGCAGACAAUUACGAGCUCCUGAUGUUCUUUGCGUUCCCCUCGGUUACGGUAGUGAAGAUGGUCUGGUGGAUGAGGACACAGAUGCUAUAAGAUUUUUGUUUGGUUCAUCAAAAGCUUCUACAGUCUGGUUCCAUGUUUCUGGAAUGUUUUUUUGCUAUGGUAGUUGUGACGGUCUUUUAUGCCUCUACUCUCUAUAUGAAAAGUGUGCCAGCGUCGUGGUGAAUCCCGCCACUAGAUGGUGUCGAAGCUUUCUUAUGUCCAACGUUCAACACCUCAUAGUAGAGAAAUUGAAUAGAAGUGAGUUAGCUGCUUAUCCGCUUCCUCGGCUUGGAUUCGGUAAAGAAAAAGUCAAGGGUGGCAAGUACAAACCGGUUUAUCUAUAUAAUUCAUUUGAAUUUAAACGAGAUAACGUUACAACUUGUGAAGUUUUUGAUUUUAGCACCAAUACUUGGAGGUACGUUGUACCCUCUUCUCCUUAUCGGAUUCUUGGACAUUGCGAACCCGUGUAUUUAGAUGGAUCACUUUAUUAUCUCACUAAAGAAGAAACCGAGGUUUUACCUUUUGAGGUCAAGUUACUAUCUAUGGUUAUUCACACGAAAACGUUUCACGUCGUCUGUAAAGUUCCCGUUGCACAUCCCCAUUCACCUGACUCUUUCAACAUCAACAUGUGCAUCCUCGAUGAUCGUUUGUGCGUGUCUGAGAGAAGCUGGCCCACGCAAGAUAUAUGGUCGUUCGAUGGUGGCGCCAACAAGACAUGGACGAAAAUGUGUUCGAUUGAUUUCACCCAAAGUGCUUCUUUGUUUAAGGAAAGUAGCUUUGCGCGUUCAUCAAUCGGGCUAUCGCCAAUAGCAAUUUUGGAUAAGAAUAAGUUAUUGCUUCGUGGUAAUGAUUACUUACGUACACUGGUUGUAUAUGAUCUUCAUACCAAAUCUUUUGAUUUACUCUUCAAACCUACUAAACCCAUAGGUUCUGUUUAUUAUUUCGAAAGUUUGUUCUCUUUCUAA